ACAACAGGAAAAUUUAAUCAGCUCCUAACAAGGAUUGAGUAUUGUACAUAGAACAUCCUGAAAAUGGAAGCUGAAAAAUCGUCAUCGUUGUUGUUAAUAAAAGAGGAAAAGAAUUUGGAGGAGGGCCUUAUUGAAAACACAGGGGAAGGCUCUUCAUUUGCAGACCCCUUCUUAGAAGUCAAGGCAGAACCAGAAUUUUUUGACCAUGGUGAAUUUGAUGUGAACUGUUCAUCCCAAUCUGUUAAGUAUGAGGAGGGCAUCUCUCCAAGCUGUGAUGAUGAAAGCGUAAAGAAGAUCUGUAUUGCAGAAGAAAGUAGACAUUUUGGCAGGAGAGAUGCAUUUUCAAAAAGAGAGGAAUCCCACAUGAGAACCCAUAGAGAGAAACCACAUACUUGUUCUAUAUGUCAAAAAAGUUUUUCUCAUUCAGCUAAUCUCAAAAAACACAUGAGAACACAUACAGGAGAACAACCAUAUAAUUGUUCUAUAUGUCAAAAAAGUUUUUCUCUAUUAGGUAAUCUCAAAAAACACAUGAGAACUCAUACAGGAGAACUACCAUAUAAUUGUUUUAUAUGUCAAAGAAGUUAUUCUCAACCAAGUCUUCUAGAAUACCACAUGAGAACUCAUACAGGAGAAAAACCAUAUAAUUGUUCUAUAUGUCAAAGAAGUUAUUCUCGAUCAAGUGAGCUCAACAGACACAUGAGAACUCAUACAGGAGAAAAACCAUAUAAUUGUUCUAUAUGUCAAAAAAGUUUUUCUGAAUCAACUAGUCUCAAAGACCACAUGAGAACUCAUACAGGAGAAAAACCAUAUAAUUGUUCUAUAUGUCAAAAAAGUUUUUCUCUCUCAACUAAUCUCAAAAGACACAUGAGAACUCAUACAGGAGAGAAACCAUAUAAUUGUUCUAUAUGUCAAAGAAGUUUUUAUCAAUCAAAUGAUCUCACAAAACACAUGAGAACUCAUACAGAAGAGAAAACAUAUACUUGCUCAACAUGUCAAAGAAGUUUUUCUCAAUCAAGUGUUCUCAAAACACACAUGAGAACUCAUACGGGAGAAAAACCAUAUAAUUGUUCUAUAUGUCAAAGAAGUUUUUCUCAAUCAAAUAUUCUCAAAACACACAUGAGAACUCAUACAGGAGAAAAACCAUAUAAUUGUUCUAUAUGUCAAAAAAGUUUUUCUCAAUCAACUCAUCUCAAAAAACACAUGAGAACUCAUACAGGAGAACAACCAUAUAAUUGUUCUAUAUGUAAAAAAAGUUUUUCUCUCUCAACUAAUCUCAAAACUCACAUGAGAACUCAUACAUGAGAACCUUUCACUUUGUAUAUCAAAGAGGUUUUUCUCAUCAAAGUAAUUUCAAAAGAAUUAACACAAGGCAGAAACUGUAUAUUUGAUCUCUGUCCAAGUUGUCGUUAUUAUGUGCAUUUAUUUAACUCAACUUCUGCGUCUGUCUGGCCUCAAAUCAUGUAACUCAGUUUUCAACCUGUGCCCUUCAUUCAGUGGACUUGAAAUUUUGCAUGUUUACUCAAUCCCGGUGACAAUACAGUGGACCCCCAGUAUUUGCAGAUGUGUACUAGACCCCUGUCUAUUUUGUCAAUUCAAACACAAGAAAAAACUUCUAAAAAUGCCUGUACCUUAUUAUUUUAAUAUGUUUAUUGCAAAAAGUGCAUUUAGUCUUGUAAUUGAUAUGGAAAUACAGUAUCUAGUGAAUAUUUCUCAGUGAAAAAUACUUGAAUAGGCGAAUUUCCCCACAAAUAAUGAGUAGAUAUAGUGCAAAGAAAAACCCACGAAUUCAGGGGCUUGAUUGUACAACCUUACAUAUAAGUAGGUCACCAGUGACCUCUAGGGACCCUACAGUGACCUCUUGUGACCCUUCAGUGACCUCUACCAGUAUCUCAGGAUUUGUGUGAAAAAAUAAGUUUUUGAAACCACGAUUUUCUAACAAUUAAUCAUAUCUACAACAAUGAAAGCAUGGGCCCCAAACAUGGAAGGAAAUGAUAAAAAAUAUAUAUAUUUUUUUGUUAUUGUAGUCGCUGUCUCGUCUUCG